UUCUCCUGUUCUGCUGCCUGCCUUGCUGCCAGCAAAGGACAAUGGCAGGCAGCUGUGUAAAAUGAAUGUGGUCUCACACUCUGCGGUUUCCUGUUCUGGGUGGUGAUCAGUUGCCCUCAUGCCUCCUCUCAGAGAGCCCAUCAGCAGUCAGUGACACUCCCUCACCUGUGUUUCAGCCCUGCCAGUGAAACAACCACAAGAGUGUGUUGGUGAAGGGAUGUUGCCUUUCCUCACCUGCUGCUGCUACUUGCAUAAGAAGAAAAAACCCAACCCUUGCAUAUAUUUUUUUCACCUUUUCUUACCAUGGAGCAAAGCCUGCAGAGCUGGACAAAAGAUAAUUAAAUCCUGCUGAGCCAGCAGACUUGGCACAAAACCAAGAAAAACCUUGAAAUAUUGAAAGGCAUUGUGAAAAAUUGGGAAGCAUUAACCUUAGAUGAUUUUUGUGAUGAUGAGAAGAUGAAAGAUGGAAACACGUAACUGAAUUAUUGUUUGUAGAUAUGCAGCACUUCUGAAGUUAAAUCAAAGUACCAUGCUCACUGUAGUUAAAGCAGUUAAUAUUUGCCAGAUUAACUUGAGGCAUUUCGAUGUAAUGUGAAGAUAACAGUGGCACAGUAUGCUUACACAGAUAAAAUGAGACAUACUCACGUCCAAUGCUUUUCACAGAAAUACACCAUCAGCACAGUUCCUCUUUAACCUGCAAAAACCUUAUUUUACUAAUACCUUCUACGGAUUAUGUUGUAACAGUGCAGGAAGUGAUUCAUUUCAGACAUACAAAUGUAGUUAUGCUUCAAAGUGCUUUAUCACUUUUCUGUUUCAACUUUACUUACAGCAAGUGGGUAAAACUUCAGCAGCAUUCAGCUGUGUGAACUAGCCCCAUGGGCUAUGCCCACUGUGGCAGCAGAACUAUUUGUCAGCAGAAUUUCUUCUCACAGCCUACUCUUAUCAGAAGACAGAUGCGAUUACUAAGCUAAAAUGGUAUGUGAAAACAUAUGGUGUUUUGGAGCUGCUUGGUUACUGUGGAGGAUAAAUAGCUCCUGACCCUAACCAGGAUCUUUUCAUGAAAAAAGAGCGGUGUCCCUAUGCCUUAUAAAGGCAUGGGCAGGCUUAUUCCAGCGCUCAAGAAGGGGCGGUAGCGGGUUCGUGCUGCUGAGUUUGUUUCCAGCAGUGGUUGCAGGCGAAUGAAGAAGUUGAGCUGAAACUGCGAACAUCCCGGCACUUAGCGGCAAAACUCAGUCAAGAGAGGAGGAAGCAGGUGAAAUUAAAAAAAAAAAAAAAAAAAAAAGAAAAAAAAAAAAAAAAAAAAAAAAAAAANAAAUCCACUUGGUCAUGGGGAAAUCAGCUUCCAAACAAUUUGCUGAAGAAGUCUUGAAAGUCCACAAUGACUACAGGAAGAAGCAUGGAGUCCCCCCAUUAAAACUCUGCAAGAAGUUAAACAGAGGAGCCCAACAGUAUGCAGAAGAACUGGCUAACACGAGGGUCCUCAAGCACAGCUCCGAGUCUGCUAAUGGGAAUUGUGGAGAAAACCUAGCAUGGGCAUCCUAUGACCAAUCAGGAAAAGAUGUGGCUGACAGAUGGUACAGUGAAAUAAAAAAUUACAGCUUUCAAAACCCGGGGUUUUCUUCUAGGACAGGUCACUUCACAGCAAUGGUUUGGAAGAACACAAAAAAGAUGGGAGUUGGUAAAGCAUCUGCUAGUGAUGGCUCAACUUUUGUGGUGGCUAGAUAUGAUCCAGCUGGAAAUGUAGUAAAUCCAGGCUAUUAUGAAGAAAAUGUUCUUCCUCCAAGAAAAUAGCUUUUUUUUUUUAAGGUAGUCUUACUGCUUAAUGACAAGUGAACCUGGAUUUGGACCUAACAGUGUUUGAAAUUAAGCCAAAUUCAAUGAAAUCUCCUGUUUGAUACUGCUGUUCAUGUCUCAUUGUGGAGGAAGCAAUUACUUGUUGCUUGAGUCAAUCUGCACAUCAGGCCCCUGUUGUUUCCGAGGGGACCUCAAUUUAUUUGAGGAUGAACUAUAUGCAGCAUUUCUGAAGGAUAAAAUGGGCAAGAUUUUUUUUUCUUAAUUGUUUGCGUGAACUCUGUGUCAGCAUGUGAGUAAGCACAUGUUGGAUGUUUAUUUUUUUUUUAACAAAUUUAUAGCUUUCUGUAAACUGAAGAUACCAGCUUGUAAUUUUAUUAUGUAGUCCCAGCUGUCCAGUAUAUUUUGUUGCUCUGACUUUACCUCCUGCUGUUGUGGGACCUACUCUCUGCAGAUGGAAUACAUGCAAAACUUCUGUAUGAAAGGUACAGGUGUAAAACGUAGUGGAAUUCAGACCUGUGUAUUUUUAUUAAGAGGAUCUUACAGAACACUAAAAGCCUGAUGUCAAAACUGUAGCCAUCAAUCAAUCUGUAAUUAAUGCAUGAUUUAAAAAAAAAACCCAAACAUUUUUUUAAAUCCCAUUUUAGAUGCUGAUAUAUAAAAUAUGUUUGAGAUGAGUGUAUUUUAAGUUCAAAGUGUAACCUACAGUUUAAAGUAUGUACCUUGUAUUAUAAUCAAAUUGUUUACUUCCAGUGAAGAAAAAUAAGAUUCCACUUUUUUGAUAUUUAUGCAUAAAAAAGUUUCUUUGAUGGUGCACUUUGGAUUUUACUUCUCAGUAACUUAUUUUUAUUUCCUAAGGAAUAUCUUUUAAAGGUGUCAUGCUAUACAGGCAAUAACAUUCCUAAAUCAUCUCAUCUCCUUUAAUAAUCUAACAGUAGAGGUAUUCACAUUGUCAUAAUUAAGAGAUGUUUGCUCUUUAUUCAUAUUAUUCAAUAAUAGUACUAUUACACAUACUGGAUUGAUGCCUUGAAAACAGUGAAGAUUUAAUUUCCUUAAGAACAAGCCAAGCAACAAUUCUGGGGACACUCUUUUCUUUGAUUAAAUGUGGAUUGGGCCAUUUUGGCCAGGUUCAUAUACUAUGCUUCAGUUUGGGGGUUUGUUUUCUUUGUAAAAGUUUCUCUUGAGUUUUGCUGAGAUUCUGUAUGCCAUAAUCUGGUUCAUGGACAGUGCCAUUGCAGAAAUACUUCUUUUUUGUUUACACAGUUGUAAUAAACUGCACUCUUAUGGCUUGAUUGUGUGUCACUGUGAUGCUGUUUGUUACAUUUUUUGCUGUAAUCAAGAAUUUGACACGUAUCAUGAGCAACUGAAAAAUAAAUAUUUUUAAUAUUAACUACUCAA